AUCACGUGAUACCUGAAAAAGAAAAAGCGGGUAACACUCAUUCACUGUGUGCUGAGAAGAAAGGCAGAAGCUGUAAGAGAGCAAGAGAUAAAUCAUAAAAUGCCUUUGAAAAAGAAAGGAAAGUCUGAGGAGACCCCAGCAGAAGUGGAGGUACCAGUAGCUUCCAAGGAAGAGGAGCAGCCAGAGGAACCAGUAGAGGCUGAUGAUCCUGCACCUGAAGACACUAAAGAGGAGGCCUCAGCUGCCCCACCCCAGAAGAGAGGAAGAGGGAGACCAAAGAAGGACCCUAAUGCACCACCUAAACCAAAGGCAGCUCCUAAAACUAAAAAAGCUAAAAUUACUGAAGAGUCUGAUGGAGCAGAGGCUCCUAAGAAACGUGGUCGUCCACGCAAAAAUCCUGAAGCUGCCCCAACUGAUAAACCGAAAAGAGGCAGAGGGCGUCCUCGUAAGAAUCAGGAACCAACAUCAGAAGGAGAUGAAGAGCCCACACCAGCAGAAGAAUAGAAUAGAACACGAAACAAAUUAAUAAAUGAAUACAUUAUUAGCCUAACCUGUUGUCUCCCCAUUAUUAUUAUUAUUAUUAAUUAUUCUUCAUUAUCAUGUCAUACACACACAUAUAGUCCAUUAUUUUCUGCUUUCUUUCCUUUACUACUAUUAGUUUUGUGUGUUUUUAUUAAUUAAAAUAAGUUUCAUAUUUGUACUACUA